UUCGUUACUUAAGUGCUGGCCAAUCACGUCUCUGUUAGUUGUGAGAUCAUAAUUCGUCCUCGUGCGAUUUUCGCAUAAAUCAACUGGCCAACGGGAAUCCCUGACACUGCCUCAAACAUGUCAAGUAACGACUUUGACAGCUCUGAUGACUUGACGGAUUUAGAUAAAGACUAUGUGGUCCCAGCAAAGACCACAAAGCGGAAGAAACAGGCGUUGGAACAGUCGCUGCUACCCAGGAGGCAGAGGCAUAAAGCCGCAUUGAGCGCGACACCCGGCUCGCCUAGCAGUCCCAUCUCCUCUCCACCAGAAGCUUCUCAGCAGCAACAUUCCUCCCAAGGGACGAGGCACAGCUCACCCGGGCCUAGGGCAAGACCAGGGAACAGUGGCGCCCGUGGUAUCAGUGCGGACGAUAUCUACAAAGCUGUCACCUCUGGAAAGACCGCCAUCGUGGUGGUGGUCGACGAGUGGAUGGACUCUUACAAGCAGAGUCGUGAGACGGGGCUGCUGGUGCUCAUUAACUUCAUUGUUCAGUCCUGUGGAUGCAAAGGCGAGGUUAGCAGAGACAUGCUAGACUCUAUGCCAAAUGCGGAUAUCAUUGCCAAACUAACCAAACAGUUUGAUAUGGAUUCAGCAACCUACCCUCUGUCCACUCCGGGGCCCAUGCAGAAAAAAAUCAAAGCAGGCCUGUGCGAAUUCACCCGGAUCUUGGUACGCUCCUGUGGAAGUAGAGUCAUUUACGACGAGUACCUCUUCCCCUCUGUGCUAUCUCUACUCACUGGGCUGACCGACUCCCAAGUCAGAGCCUUCAGACACACCAGCACCCUGCUGGCCAUCAAGAUCAUGUCUGGGAUGACGGAAAUAGUGGUGACGGUGUCCUUGCAGCUGCACCCAGUCCAGCGGCACUACGACAAAGAGAAAAGCAAGCAGACGCACGAGCAAGAUGCUAGGCGACUGGAAGAUCUCCAGGCCGGCAUCAAGGAGCUGCAGGAGAAGAAAGAGGAACUGUUGUCCAUGACAAACACUGCCUUCCGUGGCAUUUUUGUGCACCGCUACCGCGACAAGCUGAUGGAGAUCCGGGCAGCGUGCAUGGAGGAGCUUGGAGUGUGGAUUAAGACGGACCCCGAAAACUUCCUCAAUGACGGCUGUAUUAAAUACCUGGGCUGGAUGAUACAUGACAAGCAAAGUCUGGUGCGUCUGAAGUGUGUGCGAAGCCUCCAGCCUCUGUAUCAGAAGAAGGAGUUCAUUGGUCGCCUGGAGCUUUUCACCAGCAGAUUUAAAGAGAGGCUGGUCAACAUGGUGAUGGACGUGGACCCAGAGGUGGCCGUGGAAACGGUCAAGCUUUUGCUGCUAAUUAACCAAGGCAUGGAGGAAGGCCUGAGUGAGAAGGAGUGCGCUAAUAUCUAUCCACUGGUUUACUCCUCAAGCCGCAUCCUGGCGUCUGCAGGCGGCCUCUUCCUCUAUAAGAAGCUAAAAAGCCUCAUUGACAGCGAGAAACAGAGUGGCAAUAUUGUGGGCUUUUUCCAGAUCCUGAUCUCCUUUCACAUCCAGAGUGAGUUCCACAAUCAUGGAACUUACCUGGUGGACAGCCUGUGGGAUGUGGCGGGUUCCGAGCUAAAAGACUGGGAGACCAUGACCACACUUUUGCAACAGGAAGCUGGUUUGAUGGACGAGGAGGAGGGAGCGCUCAUCGAGUUGAUGAUUUGUGUGAUCCGACAGGCAGCGGAGGCAAAGCCGCCUGUUGGGAGGGUCUCGGCAAAGAAGGCACUAAAUAUGAAGGAGAAGAAGAUCCAGGAACAGGACAGGAGGCAUAUCACAACCCAUUUUAUCCCUUUGCUGCCACAACUGCUGACCAAGUACUCUGCAGACGCAGGGAAGGUAAAACUCCUCUUGCAAGCGCCUCUCUACUUCAACCUGGCGAUGUACAGCAGCGUACAUUGGAUGAAUAAGCAUCUGGACCAGCUGCUGUCUCAGAUAUGCGAGAUCGUAGAGAAGCACACGGACACGGCCGUGUUGGAGGCGUGCAGCCGGCUAUUCAGUGUACUUUGCUCCGACCGCUACGCCUUCUCCUCCCGUGCCCGCCUAAUAUUUAGUCAGCUCGUGGACAGCCUGACUGAGUGCUUCAGCACCUAUUUCAACGACCUGCUGCAGGGCACCGCUGAUGAUGAUGUUUACAGUGCAGCCACAGCUUUGAAAAGGAUCGCAGUCUUGAGCAGUGCCAGAGACCUAACGGCAUGGAGGUUGUUUGACUCCUGCAUUCAUCUUCUGGAAAGCAGAAUGGAGUCCAGAGACCUUGAUGAAGAACUCAUUGUGUCAGCCCUGAGAUGUUCCGCGUGGCACCUGAUGUGGACAAAUGAGAAUGUGCGACACUCUGCGCCCACAGAGGAGGAGCUGAGGUGUCUGAGUAAGGAGGUCGGCUCCUUCUGCGACAUCUGCCAGGGGUGUUUGUGUGUGGACCAGGCUGAGAUCAGGGAUGAGGCUUUCCAGCUCCUGUGUGACCUGUUGUGCUUUUACAGUUCAAAUCACGUCCACAAUGACUCCACCCUUCAGAGCUUGUACUACCUGCCUAAUGAUUUCCUGCGUACUGAGUUGGCAAAUUUCCUUAUGGACUAUAUCUUCUCAGAUUCUGACAUUGUGGCAACAGAAGACGAGCACGAGGAGGAGAUCGCCCUUCUGCAAAAGAAGCGCCUCCAACUCGCCGGCUACUGCCGGUUGGUCCUCGUCCGCGUGUUGGACUAUGAAGCCGCCACCGAUAUCUUUAAACAUUACCACAUGUACUUCAGGGAUUUUGGGGACAUUAUCAAAGAAACCAUACUCAAGAUGUGGGAUAUUGGUCAUGUAACGUGUGCCAGGACUCUCUGCCUAAGUAUGCAGCAGCUCUUCUCAGUGAUGCUGAUGGAGGAGGACGUAAGCCGGCAGGAUAUUGGCAAGAUCCGAGAUCUGGCCAGGAUGUUCGCCGUGAACUUCGGCCCUGACCUCCUACGCGCUCGCAAACCUCUGUUGGCUCUGCACAUGGAUGGCAUAGAGUUUGCCUUUCGUGUGCAGCAGGAAGGAGAAGAAGAAAGCUACCCCAAUGUGGCCUUCCUGGAGAUCCUCAGCGAGUUCAGUUUGAAGCUGCCGGAACAGGAGCAGACCCAGCUGUCCACCUACCUGAAAGCGCAGUGUCCCGAUGCUGCCCUCUCCUGGAAAGCAGUCAAAGUGUACCAAAGCUCUUUAGGAGGCCGCGCCUCUGCUAGACCCCGAUUGGAGUCGGCGGGGAGCAUGGGAGCUGUCACUCCACAAAGCGCACAGGCGGCUAAGCGCCGAAAGACCACAGCUCAAGGGUCCUCAUCUAGCACCGUCGAAAGCUCCUGGCUGGAAAGCGGCAACCUCCCCAGCCAUCUGUCCACUCCGGCCUUGACCUCCACUGUCCAGAAGCAUCCCGCCACACAGCCUGGUCCCAGGGAAGAUGUCAUCUUGGAGUCGGAUGUUGGAAGCAAUUUAACUGAGUCUGAGGAUGAAUUCUCCUCAGGGUCACAGAUGCGAAAGGUGAAUCUCAGCAGGCGACUUCCCUCCUCCAUUGGGCAGCAGAGUUCCACCUUGGAUCCGAAAGAACUGAACACGCAACUCACCUUGCUAUCACUGAUUGAGGAAGACGCCGCAGAACAAGAAGUUGAUGAAUACGAAAGCGACUCGUCAUACACGCUGCCCUCCACCCGUCACAGCACCAGUGUCAUGGAUGAACUGUUUGACUCAAGUCCUGCUCACAUUUGAUGCAGCGCGUCUGCUUUGUGUUUCGUGCGUUUGUCAAAGUUUCGUUUUGAGGCCAUUAAUUUUGUAAUGGUACAAAGGAGCUGAUUGAAUUGGACACAGAGCCCAAAUGUUAUUGUGAUGAAUUGCAAGCAAUUAAUAUUUUUGGGGAUUCAAUUGAAGGUCACUGUGUCAUUAAUGGUAUAUUAUGUUAAUCUAACAAUAUGAAUUAAAGUCUGUUUGUUCAAACGA